AACAAAGUUGUGGUGAAAGAAAGAAAAAGAGACCGAUUAUUGCGCCAAAACCAAAGGUGUGUGUCCUCCCUCUCCUUCUCCAUCUCCAUCUCCAUCUCCCCAUCUUCAUCUUGAUUCCCCUUACAGCCUCUCUACUCCUUCCCGCUGCGAUCUCCUCACCGUCUCUUUCCAACACGUCCAAUCCUAACGAACACAUCAAUGGAUCCACCAGUCUCGGAUCUCGACGACCAGAAAGAAAAAGCCGGACCUUCUUUCCACUGCCACCUCUACGACACGGAGCUAGUCCACAAGAUAUCCCAAACCCUCCUCCCGGGACUCGCCACCGCCUGCGUCGACAACACGACCGGAGACAUCUUCCGCAGCCCAGGCUCCGUAGCCGCCGACAUCCGCAAAGAAAUGAUCGAGUACCUAACUAACAGAAGCCAAACCUUCGUCGCCGAGCACAUAGUCGCUUCAGACACCGACUCUUCUCACCAUCCUUUUGACAUAGUCUCCGACUUCAUCGACGACUUCGCAACUUCCAAGAGGAACCUCUUCAGCCGCGUCUCCGGGUGGCUCCUUAGCGAGAGGAGAGAAGACAACGUCGACGAUUUCGCUCAGGAGAUGGAGAUUAGUGGGUUUUGGUUAACUGAUCAUAGGCAAGGACUCGCGGAGACGCUGCUUAAGAACGUGGACUUUAAAAACGGUUAUCACUGCGAGAUGAGGUUUCAGACCGAAGGGGAACUCGCUGAGCAUGUCUUGACGUGUGGUUAUAGGACGAUGGACUGUGAGAACGAAGGCUGUAAUGCGGUGUUCUGCAAGAAGCAGAUGGAGAGUCAUGACUCCCUUUGCCCGUUUAAGAUUGUGAAGUGUGAGCAGAGGUGUGAUGAGAGCAUCAUGAGGCGGGAGAUGGAUAGGCAUUGUAUUACUGUGUGUCCUAUGAAGCUUGUGAACUGCGCGUUUGGCGCUGUUGGGUGUUUGGAUGACGUGCGUCAGUGCGAGGUUCAGGAGCAUCAGUUGGAGAGUGUGGGGUCUCAUUUGAUGUGUGUUCUUAAGAGUAUCUACAAGGAAGCUUCUGUGGAUGAUCUCAAACCACGAGCUGAAGAGAUACAACAGUUGUCUACUAGGUUAUCUGAAGCCCGGAAUGCAAGAUCGCUGACCAAUCUCGUGAAGGAGAUUGAUGCAAAGCUGGGGCCUUUAGAGAUCAAAACAAAGAGUAUUGAUAAAACCGAAAAUGCGGAGAAGAAAGGUUUAGAAGAAGCUGAGGUAAAAGGAAGACCAGAGAUAGCAGGUGAAGUGGUUUCAAAAGAAGCAGAGGUUUUAGUAGAUGAUGUGAAGAAAGUUUCCGAAGCUGAGAUGGAAGAGAAUGUUAAUGAAGAAGGGGAAUUAAAAGCCCAAAAGCUUUUGGAGAUAGGCGAGUUUAUCAAAGAAGGGGAUAACAGCUCUGCAGCUGAUUUGUCAGAGAGAACUGAGACGAAAGCUCCAGAAGUUGUGGUCAUGGAUGAAGAUAGAGAGGAGGAUGAGAGUGGAGAGACAAAACAGUUAAGAGCAAAUGACACCAGAGGUUCAGAGGAAGAGAAUAGAGAGACAAAGAAAUCAGAUGAAACCAAAAGCGAAACACCUGCAAGAAUAGUCAUGGACAAGGAGGAGAAUGAAGAGGGAGCAGAGACAAUCAACUUAAGUGCUCGUGCUUCUGGUGAAGAUAGGGAGGAGGAAGAGAGUGCAGAGACAAAACAGUCGAGAGCAAAUGAAACCAGAGGUUUAGAGGAAGAGAAUAGAGAGACAAAGAAAUCAGAUGAAACCAAAAGCGAAGCACCUGCAAGAAUAGUCGUGGAGAAGGAGGAGAAUGAAGAGGGAGCAGAGACAAUCAACUUAAGUGCUCGUGCUUCUGUUGAAGAUAGAGAGGAGGAAGAGAGUGCGGAGACAAAACAGUCAAGAGCAAAUGAAACCAGAGGUUUAGAGACUGAUGAAGAGAAUAGGGAGACAAAGAAAUCAGAUGAAACCAAAAGCGAAGCACCCACAAGAAUAGUCAUGGACAAGGAGGAGAAUGAAGAGGGAGCAGAGACAAUCAACUCAAGUGCUACUGCUUCUGAUGAAGCUGAAGCUUUGUCAAAGAGCUCAGAAGGUUUUUCUAAAGCACAAGCUGAAACCGAACCAAAUCUUGCUUGACAUCUUUGUUGAGAGACCAAACUUAACAUGGUGUGUGUGUGUGUGUGUGUUUCCCUUAUGUUUUUUUGUCUGUCUGAAAAUAUUAACCUCGGUGAAUACUAUUUGAAUUAUCAGAUGUAAUCCAGUUUUGUAUUUACUUAACUGAUUCUUUUUACAUA